GACUUGAGAAGGGCGUGUUUGUACCCUUCCGCUUCUAUCUCUUCCAUCCUCAUCCCCAUCUAAUCUCAUCUCAUCCCUUUGAUCCCUUCCCCAAUCCCUAUGCCGUUCUUUGUCUUCUGAGAAAAAGGCCGUCACUCCGUUUGAUAGUGGCUCUGAUCUGCGUCAUCACCACCGCAAGAAGCUCAGUUUCGUCUAGUGCAUAAAAAGAUCGGAUUUUUCGCAUCCCCCAUUUCUUCGAUCAUCAGAGGGUCAAAGGUACAUUUGGUCAAUUCGACGAAGCAUUAACUUAUUGAUACACAAAUAAAGACUUAGUCAGUCGAUUAUAUCUAAAAUAUCAAGAAGAAUGGGUUCUGAAGGGCCAUCAGUGGUUACUGUUCAUAUUACUGGAUUUAAGAAAUUUCAUGGGGUAUCUGAGAAUCCAACAGAAAUAAUUGUCAGAAAUCUGAAGGGGUUCAUGCAAAAGAAAGGAUUACCUGAAGGGCUUGUUCUUGGCAGUUGCAAUGUUCUUGAGACAGCUGGAGAGGGGGCACUUACUCAACUUUAUGAAACACUUCAGCUUGCUGUGGCUGGGCAAAGAAAUGAAACUUCAAACGGAGGGCAAAUUAUCUGGCUGCAUCUUGGAGUAAAUAGUGGUGCUACGAGGUUUGCUGUAGAGAAUCAAGCAGUCAAUGAGGCUACUUUUCGAUGUCCAGAUGAGAUGGGAUGGAAGCCUCAGAGAGUCCCAGUUGUAUAUUCUGAUGGAAGCAUUGCACGGGUCCGAGAGACUUCCCUUCCCGUCAAAGAAAUUGUGAAGGCCUUGUCAAAGAUGGGAUACAACAUAACACCCUCGGAUGACGCUGGUCGAUUCGUGUGCAACUUUGUAUACUACCACUCUCUCCUGUUCGCGGAACAAAACGGAAUCAAGUCACUCUUUGUACACGUUCCCAUGUUCUUGACGAUCGAUGAGGAAACACAGAUGGACUUUGUGGCUUCCCUUUUGAAAGUGCUCGUGUCGCUGCACUAGUAUCGUAUCCAAAGUGUCUCCCGGAUUUGGACCUUUCGGCAUGCAAUGUUGAUUCAAACAGUGUAUGUCUUGAAUGAUAAUUAUGGCAUCCUGAGCUGGGUGAUGGCAAACAAACAUAAUCCAACCGGAGAGACUCCUCCGUGUUGUGUUCAUCCAUGUCCAUGAAGACGGCAGAUUAAGUUGGUCUUCCCUUCAUAGGUGUAAGGAGAUGAUUGUUUGUGUGUGUAUUUGAUGAUUAUAUCUUGCUCAUGAAAAUUCACCA